GCUGGGGCUUGGUCGAGAUGCCAGAUCCCCUUGCUGUAAUCCUGGGUGCAGGUCGGGGGCGGGAAGUGUUGCUGGCAGUGAGGCUCUGGCUGGUGACUGGAGGGCUUUGCCUGGCCCUGACAGAGCAGGGAGGGCGGCCAGAGAGCCCCAAUUAAUUGGAAAGCAUUUGCUGGCUUGACUGGCCUGGCCUGGCCUGGCCUGCAGGGAAGAUCGGCCUGGCUGUCAAUAAACAAGUCCCCAGUGCAGCAUCAAAGCCACAGCCCUUUAUCAAUCCUGGCCUUCUCUUCCCGCUUGUUCCUGUAACUUACCAAGCAUUUAUGACAUUGAUUUUGCAAUCAGGCGGUUAACCCCCUCCCCUGCCUUCCCCACCCUGCCAGCCAACUUGUCCAGCCUGUCAGUCAGGCCUCCAUGGCUUCAGCUGUGCCGGGAAGCAGCCUUGGGCCCUUGGCUUCACAUCUCAAAUUGGUCAGUUGCACAUAGAUGAAAAGUGUGUGUGUCUACAUGGCUGUGUGUGUACGCAGAUAUACACACAGAAGCACUAUGAAGAAGUAGCAAAAAUGCCCCAGUCGUGCCAGGUGCGAUGAAUGCUGACUGCAGAGCUGACGAUGGAAGGCUGUGAUUUGCCGGUCAUCCUGGGCAAGGACCUUAGAGACACUGGACCUCAGCACCAGCAGUGGACUGAGUUUGGCAGUGCUCACCAUCUCCCAAGCGCACCUGAUGACACGAGGUCCACUGCAGUGGGCCAGCUAGGCAACGAGCGGGCUCCCUUCUGUGAGCAUUCGCCAGGAAGUUCGGCAGCCUCUGCUUGCAGCCCUGAGCCCAGCAGCAAGGAAGGCAGCUGUGACGAAUGCACGGCCUCAUUUGCCAGCUUACAGACCUACAUGGAGCCCCCCUGUCCCAGUGCCCAUCCUCUGCUCUCCCUGCAAGAGGACUGCAGGAGCGACACUGGCGAGGAGGAGGAGGGGGAAGAGGAAGAGGAGGAGGAGGAGGAGGAAUUGGGGGAGGAGAGCGAUAUUGAGAACCUGGCUGGAGAAAUCAUCUACCAACCAGAUGGCUCAGCAUACAUUGUGGAAAGCCUCAGUCAGCUGAGUCAAGGAGGUGGGGGGCUCCCGCCCCUCCUGGCGAACUCUGCUCUCCCCAACACAGGAGCCAAGCCAGGGGAGUCUGCUGUGGCUGUGCCUCAGGUCUAUCCGCAGAUCAUCAACACUUUCCACAUUGCCUCUUCCUUUGGGAAGUGGUUUGAAGGCCCGGAUGAAGCCUUUCCCAGCACCUCCACCCUGGUGGGCGUCAGCCCUGUCCUGCACAGCUUCCGUGUCUUUGAUGUGCGCCACAGAAGCAACAGGGAUUACCUGAACAGUGACGGUUCUGCCAAAAGUUCCUGCGUAUCCAAAGAUGUUCCCAACAAUGUGGACAUGUCCAAAUUUGAGAGCUUUGUACUCUACGGGAAGAGGAAGCCGAUCCUGAUGUGUUUCUUGUGCAAGCUCUCCUUUGGCUUUGUCCGCUCGUUUGUGACCCAUGCGGUGCACGAUCAUCAGAUAACUCUGAGCGAGGAGGAGCGGAAAAUUCUUAGCAAUAAGAACAUCUCCGCGAUCAUCCAAGGGAUAGGCAAAGACAAGGAGCCCCUUGUAAGCUUUCUGGAACCAAAAAACAAAAACUUUUCAUACCCUUUAGUUUCCGCAACUGACCUCAUAAGCCCCGGACACAGUUUCUAUGGCAAAUUCAGUGGGAUUCGUGUGGAAGGGGAGGGGGUCUCCCAGAUUGGAGUUGCCAGCACAAGCGAACAACCCCAGGCAGCAGACCUCUUAGCCCCGGGGGGCCUCUUAAACCUGGGGGGGCUGACAACCUCAGCUAUGAAGACCCCAAUUACCUCAGUUCCCCUGGCUGCCCCCAUCUCCAGGCCCUCUGCCUCCUCUGAAAGGAAAGGCCCAGGGAGGGCCAGCAGUGAUGCGCAGGACAGCUGCUUGGCGAAGGUGGAAUCAGCUGGGGAGGAGGAGGAGGGGGCUGGCGGGGGUAGCAAAGGGCUAUUUCCACACAGGCUGGGGGAGGACCCAGAGGAGAAACUUCCUGCCGCCUCUGAGACCAGGUCGGUGGCAAGCAGUGGCAGCAGCCCGAAGGAUCUUGCUCUCUCAAACCAAAGCAUAUCUCCCUUAAUGCCUAACGUGCUUCAGGCAGGGUCGAGUGGCUCAGCUUCUGGUUCUCCUUCUGCUUCUUCCUUUGUCUUUGAUGGUGCAAAUAGGAGGAGUUGUUUGAGCUUUAAUAGUGAAGGUAGCCAGAGGCUGGACUUGGGAGAGGAAAAUGUCAACAGAGACGAUGCCCCGGAACCGAACGACAGCCUCGAGGGGGAAGACGGGCUCUGUGCUGCCCACCACCAGCACGAGGGACCCCUCUGUGAGCUGGGGGGUGGGGUGGAGUGCCCCAAGUGUGACACUGUCCUGGGGUCCUCGCGCUCCCUGGGGGGCCACAUGACUAUGAUGCACUCGCGCAACUCCUGCAAGACCCUCAAGUGCCCCAAGUGCAACUGGCACUACAAGUACCAACAGACGCUGGAGGCCCACAUGAAGGAGAAGCACCCAGAGCCGGGAGGGGCAUGCGCCUUCUGCCAGUCAGGCCAGCUGCACCCUCGGCUCGCCCGGGGCGAGAGCUACACCUGUGGCUACAAGCCUUUCCGCUGCGAGGUCUGCAACUACUCGACCACAACCAAAGGCAAUCUCAGCAUCCACAUGCAGUCAGACAAGCAUCUCAACAACAUGCAGAACCUGCAGAACGGCAGUGGGGAGCAAGUCUUCAGCCAUGCAGCGGGGACUGUGGCUGUGGCCACGGCAGCCACUGCCAAUAUUGGUGGUGGCUGUGGGGCCCCCUCUCCCAGCAAACCAAAAAGUAAAUCCACCUGGCGAUGUGAGGUGUGUGACUACGAGACCAAUGUGGCCAGGAACCUCCGCAUCCACAUGACUAGCGAGAAGCACAUGCACAACAUGGUGCUGCUCCAGCAGAACAUGAGCCAGGUGCAGCCCAGACGCCACCUGGGCCUAGGCAGCCUGCCCGCUGAGGCUGAGCUCUACCAGUGCUACUUGGCUCAGAACCUGAAGAUGGACAGCAGCCCAGCCUCCGAGGCCCAGUUCCUGGCAGGCAGCAAUUUCCAAGUGGAGCCCACCAACACCAUGACCUCCGUGGCCCCAUCCCUAGUGGGAGGAGAGAUUCCUCUGGACCCACGGCUCGGGGGAGGGCAGCUAGUGUCCGAGGAGCUCAUGAACCUGGGAGAGACCUUUGCCCAGACCAGCGACCCCUCCCUGAAGCUAUUCCAGUGCUCUGUGUGCAACAAGUUCACCACCGACACCUUGGACCUUCUGGGGCUGCACCUGAAGGCUGAGCGGGGCCUGCCCGAGGAGGAAUGGAAGGGGGUUGUGGGGGAGGCCUACCAAUGCAAGCUGUGCCAUUACAGCACACAGCUCAAGGCCAACUUCCAGCUGCACUGCAAGACCGAGAAGCACCUGCAGAAGUACCAGCUGCUGGCGCACAUCAAGGAGGGUGGCAAGACCAACGAGUGGCAUCUCAAGUGCGUGGCAAUCGGGAAUCCAGUGCACUUAAAGUGCAACGCCUGUGACUAUUAUACCAACAGCCUGGAGAAGCUGCGCUUUCACACCAGCAAUUCCAGGCACGAGGCUAGCCUGAAGCUGUACAAGCACCUUCAGAACCACGAGAGCGGACUGGAGGGGGACGGCUGUUUCUACCACUGCGUCCUCUGCAACUACUCCACCAAGGCCAAGCUCAAUCUUAUUCAGCAUGUACGUUCCAUGAAGCACCAGCGAACCGAAAGUUUUCGAAAGUUGAAGUGCUUGCAGAAAACCCUUCCUGAGGAAGAGGAGGACCUGGGCCAAAUCUUCACCAUCCAGCAGUGCCCAGCUACUGACACUGAGGAGCUGAUUGGAGAUGCGGAAGGACCUGGCGAGUCUCUUGGUGCAAGGCACCCUGAUGAGCCACCCAAAGAAAUGGAGAGCACGGCUGACCAGGACCAGGUCAAGUGGGCAGAUCAAGGUCCAAAAGCUGAGAAGGAGCCAGCAGACCCCCCACUUCCCUCCAAGCACACUUCAUUUUCAAGACACCUGGCGUCACCUGUCCCUAAAUGGCCCAUGCCAUCUGACGAGGCGAAGCUUGAGCAGAUGUACCACUGCCCCUACUGUAAGUACAGCAACACAGAUGUCAACCGGCUGCGGGUACAUGCCAUGACCCAGCACUCCAUUCAGCCGAUGCUCAGGUGCCCCCUCUGUCAGGACCUGCUCAGCAACAAGCUGCAUCUCCAGCUGCAUCUCACCCACCUGCACAGUGUGUCUCCUGACUGUGUGGAAAAACUCCUCUUGACGGUGACCACGCCAGAGAUGCUGCUGCCCAGCAACGUGUUCCUCUCAGCAGCAGCAGCAGCAGCGGAUCAAGAUGGAAAUGAGGAAUCCCUCAAGCAACCUGAGAGCUCAGAGGAAGGUGGCAAAAGCCUGCAGUUGCUACCAGAGGCCAUGGAGUUUGGCAGCAGUGGAGUAAAGCCUGCAGAAUCAGAGCAGCCUAGUGUCAAAGAAGAGGCUGGAUUCUUUUGCUGGAAGAAGGGCUGUGGCCAGGGCUUCAAAAGUUCCUCUGCCCUCCAGACCCAUUUCAGCGAGACGCAUGCCAAGCGGCCACAGCUUCCUGUUUCUGAUCGCCACGUCUACAAGUACCGCUGCAACCAGUGCAGCCUGGCCUUCAAAACUAUUGAAAAGCUUCAGCUGCACUCCCAGUACCAUGUCAUCCGGGCAGCCACCAUGUGCUGCCUUUGCCAACGGAGCUUCCGCACUUUUCAGGCCCUUAAGAAGCACCUGGAGACCAACCACCUGGAUCUGAGUGAAGCUGACAUCCACCAGCUGUACAGUGGACUUCUGGUCAAUGGAGAACUGUUCGCCUUGGAUGACCCUUCAUUGCCUGAGGACCACACCAUGGUGAUGGAGGAGGAUAAAGAGGAGGAGAGCAGUGACCAGGAAGACAAGCAGAGCCCUGCAGGAAGUGACUGCGGGUCCCUACAGGAAGAUUCUGGCUCAGAACCCAAACGAGCUCUUCCCUUCCGGAAGGGCCCAAACUUCACUCUAGAAAAAUUCCUGGACCCAGCCCGCCCAUAUAAGUGCACAGUUUGCAAAGAAUCCUUCACACAGAAGAACAUCCUUCUAGUCCACUACAAUUCUGUUUCUCACCUGCACAAGCUGAAAAGGGCCCUCCAGGAGUCUUCCGCCAGCCAGUCUGAGGCGACCAGUAGCCCUGACCACAAGCCCUUCAAGUGCAGCAUCUGCAGCGUGGCCUACAGCCAAAGCUCCACACUGGAAAUCCACAUGCGCUCUGUGCUACAUCAGACCAAGGCACGAGCAGCUAAGCUGGAGGCGGUCAGCAGCAGUGGCCACAGCAGUGCUUCCCUGGGCUCCUCCAUGCCCAGCCCCUUGGGUGUCAGUACCAUGAGCCUCGCCUCCUCCUCCCCCGCCGCCCAGAGCAACAUAAGCACAGGUAGCACUGGCUCUGCUCCUACCCUUCUCAACCAGGCCUCUUGUGAUACCACAGGGCAGCCUCCUCUGAACCUCCCCAUCAGUACUGGCCACCCAUCCACAGCCCCCUUGAGCCCUUCAGAAUCUAAAGAAGCCAAUUGUAAGAAGCCAGGAGAUGCACUUGCAUGCCGCCAGCCACUGCCCCCACCAUCACAUUCUUUGGUGCAGGCCAAGCUGCAGCAAGAGCUCCAGCAGCAGCCACUGGCACUUCUGCAGUCUCAGCUUUUCAGCCCUGCGCUCUUGCCUCACUUCCCCAUGGCCCCAGAGGCCCUCCUGCAGCAGCAGCAGCAGCAGCAGCAGCAGCAGCAGCAGCAGCAGCAGCAGCAGCUAUUUUUCCCCUUCUAUCUCCCCAGCGCUGAGUUGCAGCUGAACACCGAGAUGAGCUUGCCAAUGGCCAAUGGCACCCUGAUGCUGGCAGGGAGUGGGCCAGGCCUGCUGGAGGAUCUGAAAGCCCAGCUUCCACAGCCAAGCCACCCACAGAUGCAGCAGCAGCAGCUUCCGCUGACCCAGCCUCCUUGCGUGCUCCUCCCGCCAAGCCUGCUCCCAGACAAGAAGGCCAAGUCUGUGGGGAAGGAAAAGGAGGCCCAGCGGGAGCAGGAGAUGGCAGAGAAGGGCGGCAGAAACCCUGUCUGCCAAGAGCCCCCGCCUGAGGCCAGCAAGGCCCAAAAAAAGGCUGACGUAGCAGGGGCCUUGGAAUCAGCUGGAAGCAGCCCUGGGGAGGCACUCUGGCUCCCUCCUCGCAUUGCUGCAGAUGCUCGUGGGAAUGCCACCAAAGCUUUGCUGGAGAACUUUGGGUUUGAAUUGGUCAUUCAGUAUAACGAGAACCAGCAGAAAUUGGCCGGGAGAGCUGAGCAGGCUGACAUCCUGGAGAGGCUGGAAUGCGAGUCCUGCUGCAAGUUCUUCUCCAAUGUGCUCAUCCUGAAGACCCACCAGGAACACGUCCACCAGCAUUAUCUCCCCUUCCAGCAGCUGGAAAGGUUUGCCCAACAGUACCGAGAGCACUAUGACCAACUCUACCCAUUGCGGCCACCGACACCUGAGCCGGCCCCACCGCCCCCUCCUGCCCCCCCUCCUGUGCCUGCUGCCCCUCCUCAGCCACCUUCCACACCCACCCUGCAGGUCUCAGCCCCACCCAUGACCUCUCCCUCCAUCACACCUGCCCAGCCUUCCUUGCCCCUCACGCAGCUCCCUAUGCCCAUGGAGCUACCUCUCUUUUCACCACUCAUAAUGCCAAGCAUGCCUUUACAAGCCCUGCCGGCCCAGUUACCACCCCAGCUUGCCCCUGUUGACCCUUUACCAGCAGAACUGGCCCAGCUGUACCAGCAUCAACUCAACCCCGGCCUUUUGCAACAGCAGCAGCAGCAGAACAAAAGACCACGGACACGAAUCACCGAUGACCAGCUCCGGGUCUUAAGGCAGUAUUUUGACAUCAACAAUUCCCCAAGUGAGGAGCAGAUCAAGGAGAUGGCAGAGAAAUCUGGCUUGCCACAGAAGGUGAUCAAACAUUGGUUUCGUAAUACGCUUUUCAAAGAGCGCCAGCGCAACAAGGACUCGCCAUACAACUUCAGCAACCCUCCAAUCACCAGCCUGGAGGACUUGAAAAUGGACUCCCGGCCAUCUUCUCCAGAGCCUCAGAAACAGGAGUACUGGGGAAGCAAGAGAUCCUCCCGAACUCGCUUCACAGACUACCAGCUUCGGGUGCUGCAGGACUUCUUUGAUGCCAACGCUUAUCCAAAGGAUGAUGAAUUUGAACAGCUUUCCAACCUGCUGAGUCUCCCAACCCGGGUGAUCGUGGUAUGGUUUCAGAAUGCUCGCCAGAAAGCCAGAAAGAAUUAUGAGAAUCAGGGGGAAGGCAAAGAUGGGGAGCGACGGGAGCUGACAAACGACCGGUACAUCCGAACGAGCAACCUGAACUACCAGUGCAAGAAGUGCAGCUUGGUCUUCCAGCGCAUCUUUGACCUGAUCAAACACCAAAAAAAGCUCUGCUACAAGGAUGAAGAUGAAGACAGGCAGGAGGACAGUCAGAAUGAAGACUCCAUGGAUGCUAUGGAGCUCCUGACCCCCAGCAGCUCCUCCUGCAGCACCCCACUGCCUUCCCAUGCUUAUGGCACGCCCGCCUCUUCUGCCAGUGUGGCCUUUCUGUCACAGAGUACUGCUGAGGCAGAUAGUGAUUGCCCUGCUGCCUACCAGUCUAAAGCAAACGCCACUGAUGAGAAACCAAAGCACCCUGAGCCUUCAAGUAUGCAACACAGCCCAAUUUCAGAGAAGCAACAGCAACCAAAGCAAGAUGGGCAGCCGCCACCGCAUCACCAAGGAGAGCCAAAGCUGAGCUCAGUGCACCCAAAGGUCUCCCCACCCCUCCAGCAGCAGCUGGCCCACCCUCUGCAGGGUGGCCUGCCCCAGCCAAGCCCUGCUCCCUCCCAACUGUCCCACCUGCCCCUCAAACCACUGACCACACCGAGUGCCCAGCAACUGGCCAGCUUACCCCCUCAGCUUGUUCCGUAUCAGUGUGAGCAGUGCAAGCUGGCCUUCCCUUCGUUUGAGCACUGGCAAGAACAUCAGCAGCUGCAUUUUUUGAGCAAUCAGGGCCAAUUUCUCCACCCUCAAUUCCUGGACAGGACGCUUGAUCUGCCCUUUAUGCUCUUUGACCCCAGUAACCCGCUGCUGGCUAGCCAGCUGCUUUCUGGGACCCUCCCCCAACUGCCCCUGAGCUCGGCCGCCUCACCCUCUGCCCCAACCGCCGCCAUGGGCGCCCUGAAGAGGAAGGCGGAGGAAAAAGCCAGCAUCAGCCCUGCUGGGAAUGACAGCAGCAGCACUGGGGGAGAGGAGCCCCAGCGGGAUAAGCGCCUCCGGACCACUAUCACCCCUGAGCAGCUGGGAGUGCUGUACCAGAAAUACCUCCUGGACUCCAACCCCACGCGGAAGAUGCUCGACCAUAUUGCGCAUGAGGUGGGCUUGAAGAAGCGUGUGGUGCAGGUGUGGUUUCAGAACACCCGGGCCCGGGAGAGGAAAGGGCAGUUCCGAGCAGUGGGGCCUGCUCAAGCCCACCGGCGAUGUCCUUUCUGCCGGGCCCUCUUCAAAGCCAAGACCGCCCUGGAAGCACAUAUCCGAUCUCGGCACUGGCAUGAAGCCAAGCGGGCAGGAUACAACCUGACCUUGUCAGCUAUGCUUCUGGAUUGCGAAGGAGGAGGGGGGUUCAUGGGGAAGGGAGACCUCUUUGACGGGGCCAGUUUUGCACAGCUGCCUGCCCCUGGCAGUAGCAGUGACAGCCAGGGAAUCCCCCUCUCCCCAGGCAGGAAAUCUCUAGAGCUGUCUCCUCAGACCCUGCUGAGCCCAUCCUCCAUCAAAGUGGAAGGCAUGGAAGACUCUGAGAGCCCCUCAAUGUCCUCUGUCCACCUGAGUUUUGACCAAGCCAAGCUGGACAAUGAUGACUGCUCUUCCGUCAACACAGCUAUCACAGACACAACCACAGGUGAUGAGGCCAAUGCAGACAAUGACAGUGCCACAGGGGUUUCCACAGAAGCCAGAGGGAGCUCGGGGCCAGGUGAGUGUCUGACCAAAGCUGCCAUGUUAGCCCUGUCAGAGUAUGAAGACAGACUCUCCUCAGGCCUGGUGAGUCCGGCUCCCAGCUUCCACAGCAGGGAGUACGACAAUGAAGGCACUGUGGAUUACAGCGAGACAUCAAGCCUGGCGGACCCUUGCUCUCCCAGCCCAGGCACGAGUGGCUCAGCAGGCAAAUCCGGGGAUGGGGGAGAUCGGCCAGGACAGAAGCGUUUCCGGACACAGAUGACCAACCUCCAGCUUAAAGUCCUGAAAACCUGCUUUAGUGAUUACAGGACACCCACCAUGCUGGAGUGUGAGGUUCUGGGCAAUGAUAUUGGGCUCCCCAAGAGAGUUGUUCAGGUCUGGUUCCAGAAUGCCCGAGCCAAAGAGAAGAAAUCCAAGCUCAACAUGGCCAAACAUUUUGGCAUUAAUCAAACUGGCUAUGAGGGGCCAAAAGCAGAGUGCACUUUGUGUGGCAUCAAGUACAGUGCCCGCCUGUCUGUUCGUGACCAUAUCUUCUCUCAGCAGCACAUCUCCAAAGUGAAAGAGACAGUUGGGAGCCAGCUGGACAAAGAGAAGGAGUAUUUUGACCCAGCCACCGUCCGCCAGCUUAUGGCACAGCAAGAGCUGGACCGAAUCAAGAAGGCCAAUGAAGUGCUUGGCUUGGCCGUUCAGCAGCAAGGCAUGUUUGACAGUCCCCCUCUGCAGGCUUUGAACAUUCCUGCCAACUACCCAGCAGCCCUUCAAAGCAUCCCUCCUGUCCUGUUGCCAGGUUUGAACAGCCCAUCCCUGCCUGGCUUCACUCCUUCCAAUACAGCUUUAACGUCUCCUAAACCCGGCCGGAUGGGUCUGCCGGGCACAAGUGUUCCCUCGCCUGGCCUUCCCACCUCAGGAUCCCCAAAUAAGACAGUCUCCCUCAGCUCCCCCCCGCCAGCACAAACAUCCGUGGGCUCUGCAACCCCCCUCCCACUGCGGAAGGACAAGGAGAACGAGAAGGGGAAAGAGCGCAUCCCCAAGGCCAGGGGGGAGGCCCUGCCGGGGCCCAAGAAGGACAAAGGGGAGGUGCCCAACCCCAGCUUGGCCCUCCCUACCAUGGGGCCUGCCCUGGAGUAUUCGGUGGAGCCCACCCAGCUGCAGGCCCUGCAGGCAGCUCUCAACAUGGACCCCAUGGCCUUGCUGACAAGUCCCUUCCUCCCAUAUUUUGUGCCCGGCUUCUCUCCGUACUACGCCCCUCAACUCCCAGGGAUCCUGCAGGGUGGAUACCUCCAGCCCAUGUACAGCAUGGAAGGGGUCUUCCCCUAUGGCCCGGCCCUGUCGCAGGCCUUGCUUGGCUUGUCCCCGGGCGCCCUGUUGCAGCACUACCAGCAAUAUCAGCAGAGCCUCCAGGAGGCACUGCAACGGCAAGCGCAGCUGCCCCUGCCCAAAGGCAGCCAGCCCCCCAUCCAUGCGGAGGGCACCUCCCCUGAAAAAGGUCCUGCCAAAGAACCCCCCAAGCCAGAUGAGCAGAAGAACACGCCCCGCGAGGACUCUCCCCAAGGAGAGCCCAUCACCGGAAGCAGUAACACCCCAGACUCCCUCUGUGAUCCCUUCAUUGUCCCCCCGGUGCAGUACAGACUGGUGUGCCGGAAAUGCCAGGCUGGAUUUGGGAGCCAGGAGGCGGCCGACGACCACCUGAAGUCCCUCUGCUGCUUCGGCCAGUCCGUGGGGGUCCUGCCCGAGAUGGCACUUCAGGUGCUUGCUGGCGGGGGUGGCUCCUACCAGUGUGUGGCGUGCGACAGCACGGUGCGUGGGGAAGAGGCCCUCCAGCAGCAUCUUGAGUCUGCCCCCCACAGACAUCGGACAGUCCCCCGAGCAGCAGCCAGAAACGCCAAAGAGCACCCCAGUCAAUUACCUCACUCUGCCUGCCUCCCUGACCCAAGCACCGCAUCUACCUCGCAGCCCCCCACUCGCCCCAAGGAUGGCCCCCCAUCCGCCGGUCCCCCCCACACCUCCAAAAAGCCCUGGCCUCCUCCGGCGGCCUCCCCUCCAGGGAAGCCCCCGCCUCUCUCCUCAUCUUCAACAGUUACCUCAAGCUCGUGCAGCACCUCAGGGGUUCAGCCCUCUCUGAUGCCAAGGAAAUUCUCUUCGGAGGAAUCUGACUCGGGCCGCGGCCGGGAGGCUAGGAGGCUGGUAGAGCCCAACCCGCCCCCGGGAUGGCGGCUUCCCCAGCGCGGACCCCUUUCGAUUGUAAGCUUUGAAGAUGAACCCUUGCAAAAUGAAUCUAGAAAUAACAAACCAGUUUCAGAAAUAGACUAACUGCAAUUCCAAAGCUUCUAACCAAAAAAAGAAAAACAGAGAGAGAGACGCUUGGGUGGUUUUCCCAGAGGUUGAUGCUGGCAGCUCCACUUGCCUCUGGGCAGCCGAAGGGUUUGCUGUGGCUCUCUCAAAGGUGGCUGUCCCUCCCCCAGGAAUCGCCCCCCCCCCCAUCCGCACAACGCCCUUAAGAGUGCAGUGGAGGCCAGCAUAACUGGGAAAGCAGACCACCCGGGACCAUUUUAAAUUUCUUGCUAUCUUAGCAUUCAGAUACCAAUGGCUUGCUUGCUAAAAGGAAAAAAGAAAUGUAACGUCUUUUUAUUCUCAGGUCAAUUGCUCACACUUUGUUCGGUUUUCAGAAUCAUUGUUUUAUAUAAAUAUAUAUAUAUAAUUUCUUUUUUUGGUUUUGAUUUUUUCCAAGAAAAGGAUUUUUUGUUGUUAAUUUAAAAAUGGGCAGAAAGUAUUCAAGAGAUAAACAAUGUGAACUAAGUUAGCUUUAUGGGGAUUUUAGGGGUAUUUUUUCUGCUGAAGCCAAUUUCAAGGGGGACCAUUCAGCACUCCCUUUUUCAGAAAAGAAAACACACAGAGUGUUAAGGACUUGGAGUUUUAAACAACUGACUUUCUGUAUUUAUGAUAGAUAUGACCAUUUUUGGUGUUGAGUAGAUUGUUGCAUUGGAAAUGAACUGAAGCAGUAUGGUAGAAAUCCCCCUUUUGUGUACAUUUAGCUUUUGUAUAUGGUCCGGCUGGCAGCUUCUCAUUCAAUGUUGUCUUGUCCAUUCCUAUCCUGGCCAGAUGGAGUCCAGUCUUAAUCGCUGCAACUUCUCUGUCUGUCCCGUUAUCAGCUUCCACUUAUCAGUCGCUGCCUUCGUUUCUCAGAGGGUGGCUGCAAAGUUAUUUUAUAAAAUUAAAGGAAAAAACUCAAAGGGUUCAGAGGGGUCAAUGGGAUCCCUUUCAAAAUAUUUUUGUUGGGAGCUCAAAACUUUCUAAGAUGUAUACCUGUCAGUUGUGCACUUAACUACCCUCUUCUUUCAGCUUCCCUCCCUCCAUGUGUAAAAGCUCCAUUUUGGAAAUGUCAGCUUUUGUUUCUCUCCCCUUUUUGGGGGGCGCCCAUGUUCCUUUUGAAGGACUUUCUGAAGUAGGGUGGGCUGUUUUUCCCUUUGUUUAUUUUCUUUCCCCCAGAAGAAGUUCAUCCUUUAAAUAAAAUCCAAAGACAAACCCUUUCAGCCACUGGUGCUGAACAAGCAAAAAAGGCAUCUUUUGAGGAUUUCUUUCUGUUUUAGCCACAAGACCCCAUUUGACAAAUAAACACACAAAUGAAGGAGCCUCUGCACUUCUGCCAGCAUCUGGCCCUGAAUGUGGACAGAUAAGUGGGGUGUUUUACAGUAUGCUGUGCUCAGAAGUGAGAAGAGAGCCUGGAGCUGCCACCCCACCAGAGAAGAAUGUUCUUUGAUCAUUGUCCUGGAAAGGAGAAUUGGUACUGCUGCCAGGCUGUUUGCUACCAAGUGUUUGUUUUUCGAGCCCAGUGUCUGCGUGCCACCACCACCACCACCACCACCCCAUGCUCUGCCAAUAAGGCCUGCCCAGUUUCAUCUUCUGGCUCCAAUCUCUCCCCACCCCACCCCAUGGAAGCGGGCUCUGGGAGAGGCAACCUCCUCACUGCCACCACUCUUAGCUGCUUGUUGCUCGAUGGAGGAUCCAUCCUUCCCUGGUUGCACACCUGCGGAAAACCCUGUCCUGAGUUGACUCUGCUGCAAUGGCAGACUGGGGUGCCCCGUAUGGUCCACUUUUUAAAUCUAAAGUUGUGCGGGAAGGGUUCCUACGUUUUGAGUUUGUGUGUUACUGUUGAAUGUUACUUCGUAUCCUGAGGCUUUCCAUUUUAUUUUUGGUUCUUUACAUGGUAUAUAUCUUGCUAGUUUAACACUAGUGUUUCCUGGCCAGUUUUGUGGACUGCCUGCUUUGAUAUCUUAGGUCUCUUUUCUUUGUUCUGCCCUGGUUCCCUCCCUCUGUCACAGCUCUCCUCCAUCUGCGUGGGGUGUCCCCAGGUCCUUCCCAGUCUUCUGGGUGCAGAAGAGAGGCCUCCAUCCUGGCAGAAGUGGUAUCCCCAGCAGGGCAGUGGCAAGCAUUGAGCAGCUCCUGCCCUGAGCCAAGCUAAGAUCUACCAUGAUUGCACUGCACCCUCUGGGGCACUGGAGGGGGUUCAUAGACCCUCAGGAGGAGCAGGCAGCUACGGCAUUCUGGCCUCCAAAGAGGGCUGUGCCAGCACUCAAGGCUGAGCAUCUUUCCGCCUCUGAGCCCUUCUUGUAUAGCAGUUUCUGUUUGAUGGGAGAAUCCAAACCAGGGAGACACCAAAAAUAGUCUUGCCCAGGAAUGCUGACAAUGCAGGUGGAUAUGGCUGGGUCCAAAGUGGUGCCCAGCUGGCCAGCAGAAAUGGCUUUCCUGGGCCUGCCCCUUAGUCCAGGUGGCCUUGGGGACACAAUGAAAUGGAACUCUUGCUGGUUGAUUGGUUGUCUAGAUGGAUGGAUGGCUCUGAAAAUCCUGCCCACUGUGAAACACAUAACUUUUGAUUAUUUUUUCAUUACUUUGAUUCGGGGAGGGGGACAAGUCUGGAUAAAACAGAAAGUAUAAAUGAGGUGAAGUCUCUAAGCAGCCUUUGCAAUGUACAAAAAACUAGAGCAAGUGAAACCAAAAAUGACGUUCUUGGUGUUUUUCUAUAAUGUUGUCUUGUUAGCUUUUUUGUUACUGUAAUAAUGCUGAUCUCAAAUUGUACCAAAAUACAUAGAGAUGGACAAAAGUAGAACCACACAGAACUCUAAAAACAAACAAAUUUUGUCACAAAACACUUUGUUGUCAUAGUUAAGUUGAUUGUAGAUGGUAAUUGAAUAUACUCCUUUGAAAAUAUUUCAUCAAGUAUGUUUCCUGCUCAUUGUGGUACAUUAAAAAAAUGAGCCAAA